AUGUCUGCACCGCAACUGUCGGAUUCAAAACGACUGCAAAAUGAUUACAAACAAUUGUUGGACGAACCCAUUGAUGACGUUUGGGCCGUUCCCUGUCCUUAUAACAUUUAUGAAUGUUACUACGUGUUGAAGGGCCCGUCGUUUACACAGUUUGCUGGUGGUCUAUACUUUGGCCGAAUAAUGUUUCCGAAAACAUAUCCAUUUAACGGACCAUCAAUCUAUAUGAUGACACCCUCUGGUCGGUUCCGUACUGCUAAUGAUCGCUUUACUGGUCAUCUAAUAUCAAUGGAGGACCACUUGUGGUCGGCCUGUAAUACAGUGACAUCAGUAUUGCAAUCAUUGCAAAGUUGGAUGUUUUCACAAAAUAAUAAGUGGUUGACUGAGGACGACGACAUCGAUACACUGUCUUUGCCAGUGUUUGAUCGGCAACAGAGACAACAAGAGUUUGCCAUAAAUAGCUAUCAAUUCAAUAUCGGUGAUCCCAGAUUUGGCCACUACUUUCCACAGUUGAUUCAAGUAAUUGAAACGUUUAUUUUUUUAACAUUUAUUUAA